UCCCAGGACAGAUCAGGUGCCACAGAAGCCGAGGUCUGGGGGUUUGUGCUUUCGCCCGGAGCUCGAGGUGAAAACUCUCAGGGGGAAACGAAGCAGACCCGGCGGCCACGGUGGAUGUCACUCCACCAACGCAAGGAUGGACGAGGAGUCUCCAGACGGGCUGCUCUUCAAAGACCCUGACUUCUCCUCCGACUUGUUGAGGCAACUCGAUGGCUUCCGACAAAACGGGAUCCUGACGGACGUGAGCAUCUGUGCUGGGGUCCGGGAGGUCCCUUGCCACCGAAACGUGCUGGCCUCCAGUAGCCCCUACUUUAGGGCCAUGUUCUGCAGCCACUUCCGGGAGAGCAGGGAAGCCAAGGUUCAGCUGAAAGGCAUCGACUGGCCAACCCUGGAACAGAUCAUAGUGUACGUGUACACUGGGCAGGUGCACAUCAUGGCUGAGAACGUCCUGCCCUUGAUGGAGGCAGCCUCGAUGCUGCAGUACCCCAAGCUGUUUGAGGCCUGCUCCUCGUACCUGCAGAGCCAGCUGGCCCCUGGCAACUGCCUGGGCAUGAUCAGACUCUCGGAGAUCCUGAGCUGCGAGACCCUCAAGAAGAGAGCCAGGGAGGUGGCCUUGACCUCGUUCCCGGAGGUGGCCAAGUCGGCUGACCUGAAGGAGCUCUGUGCCCUGGAGUUGAGAGACUAUCUUGGAGAUGAUGGGCUCUGCGGGGAGGAGGAAAAGGUGUUUGAGGCCCUCAUGGUCUGGAUCAAACACGACCUGCAGAACCGGAAACGCUACGUGCAGGAGCUGUUCACGCAGGUCCGGCUUCAGUACGUGCACCCAGCCUUCUUCCACCACUUCAUUGCCAACAACGACCUCCUGCAGUCCUCGCCCGCGUGCCAGACCAUCCUGGAGACGGCCAAGACACAGAUGUUUUCUCUGCACGGCACCGGUGCUGCAGGCUGCAGAGCCCUGGGCCACGUGCCCCCUAGAAACUCUUACCAGGAUUUCCUCAUCCUCUUGGGUGGGAGGAAAGACAACCAGCAGACCACCAGGGACGUCCUGCUGUACGACAGCCAGACCCGCCAAUGGCACAGCCUUGCAAAACUCCCGACCCGGCUGUACAAGCCCUCGGCUGUGGCCUUGCACCGCAGCGUCUAUGUCCUCGGGGGCAUGGCCAUCAGUGCAGGCAAGAGCGUGGUCAGUCACAACGUCUACGUCUUCUCCCUGAAACUCAAUCAGUGGCGGCUGGCGGAGCCCAUGCUGGUGGCCCGCUACUCCCACAGAAGCACUGCUCACAGGAACUUCAUCUUCUGCAUCGGGGGCAUUGGAGAAGGGCAGGAGCUCCUGGGCUCCAUGGAGAGGUACGACAGCCUCUGCAAUGUCUGGGAGAGCAUGGCUAGCAUGCCAGUGGCGGUUCUGCACCCUGCCGUUGCUGUGAAAGACCAAAGACUCUACCUCUUCGGGGGAGAGGACAUCAUGCAGAACCCUGUGCGUCUCAUCCAGGUUUAUCACAUUUCCAGAAACACGUGGUUCAAAAUGGAGACCAGGAUGAUCAAGAACGUGUGUGCCCCGGCAGUGGUGCUGGGGGAGCGGAUCGUCAUUGUGGGAGGCUACACAAGGAGGAUUCUUGCUUAUGACCCUCAAUCCAACAAAUUUGCCAAAUGCGCGGACAUGAAAGACCGGAGGAUGCACCACGGGGCCACGGUGAUGGGGAACAAGCUGUACGUGACGGGCGGGCGGCGGCUGACCAGCGACUGCAACAUCGAGGACUCCGCCUCCUUUGACUGCUACGAUCCCGAAACGGACACGUGGACAUCCCAGGGACAGCUGCCUCACACACUCUUUGACCACGCCUGCCUCACUCUGCAGUGCCUGCCCCACACAGCCUCCAGAAGCCUCCUGUCUUAGUCAAGAUGCUUUCUGUCGCAAGGGACAGAAACGGAGCUCCACAGGGCUUCGCCCUACAGGGAUGCAGGGAGAGUCCACAGGACAGAGGGUACCUAGGCCUGGAGCCCUGGACGCACACAUACUGAUGCCAGACACAUAUCUCGCCUGGCUCCCCGCUUCUUCCUUAGUCUGCCUCCUCUCCUUCUGCCUCUGUUUCUCUCUCUCU